CUGAAACAUGUACAACUAUUUUUACAUGAAUAUAGUCAAUUUCUAAAACUAAAAUAGAUAUACGUAUAAGAUUUUCAUCAAUUUUGCUGCAUAUAUGACUAGUUUGUCUACGCCAAUAAGUGAUUGAAAAGGAAAAAAGGAAUUAGCAUAUUGGCAACGCUGAAAGCCAAAAUGAUUGAUAAAUGACGUUAAAUAUACCAUUUAUUUUUCUAAGAGAUCAUCAUCAAGAGAAAAGAGAAGUGACAACUAUUGGUUAUUAUUGUAAUAAAUUCCAAAUUUGUUAAAUAAUUUAUCGUUCAUUGAAUUUUAAAACUACUUUUUCGUCGAUAUGGCUGAUCCAAAAUAUGCUGAUUUACCUGGAAUUGCCCAUGAUGAACCAGAUGUAUAUGAAACUAGUGAUCUGCCAGAAUCUGAACAAUCUACAGACUUUUAUGAGGAAGAGACAGAUCCAAUUGAAAGGAUUCACAUUUCGACCGAUGAUGCCUUCAAAAAGUUCCAGGGAAAAUUUCUCCAUGGAGAAAAUGUUGAUUUUUCGUCAAGAAUCAGUAGGAAAUUGCGCACAGGAUAUGACGCGAGAAGUGGAGAAUGGGAGUUAAUGGGACAUGGAGAGAUGGAAACCCCAAUACAAAAAUACCACCGACUUCAGUGUGAAAUGAAAGAAUUACUUGAAGAAGUUAAUGACCUUCAAAAUAAUAAAAAUGAAGAUGAUCCCAACUGCUUGAUUUCUAGUCAGAAAGUCGAACAAUCACUAAAACAGCUAGCAGACCUCAAAUUGGAGGAAAGUUUGGGAGAGGCUAUUGUUUCAAAAAUAUCUGAUCCUCAAGGUGUACAAAUAAAGAAACUCUUAUCUCAACUUCAACAAUUUAAGGACGGUAUAAAUGAAAAUAUGGAAUCCGACAUUAAAACAGAUGAAAAUGGUAUUGUUUAUCAAUUCAGUUAUAGACCUGAGCAUGGUCGGUUAACUCAGACAACGAGGGUAGCUGAGUUGGAAUCAAGAUUACAUAGGCUUGAGAAUGUCCUUGGUGCUUCCAGUGAUAAGUUAUCUCGUUUGACCUCAGCAACUUCAAAAGGAAGUCUAUUAGAAAUAGCUGAACAGUUGAGUGCCACUGCGAGUUUACUGGAUUCUUCCAAACUAGAUCAUAUUGAAGGAAGAUUGGGAGCACUCUCACAAAAACUUGAUGCUAUAACUGAAAAGAAAAAACAAUUACAAAAGGAUGAUGAGAGAGACAAAAUGGUUUUGGAAUUAUAUCAACUGGUAAAAAACACUGAGAAUGUAACCAAACUCCUUCCACAAACUAUUAUAAGAUUGAAAGCUCUAGAGGAAUUUCAUAAUAAAGCAAUGGAUUUAACCAAAACUCUGACUCAAAUUGAAGUUACUCAAGCAGAGAUGAGUGGAAAUGUCCAGAACAAUAAAAUGCUUCUCCAGGGAGUUCAAGAAAGUUUUGCAAUGAGUCUGAAUGAAAUUAAUUCUACUGUUGUUAGUCUUGAUGCAAGGAUAAAGGCUUUGAAGAAAAAGUAGUAAAUUUGUAAUCACAAAUAAAUCGUUUAUAUAAAUUGUA